AACAUUUCUACCAUGAGCAUGUACACAUUCAUCCUCCUCCUCCUAAACUUGUUAGGAAUAAGUUCAUCAACAAAAUUCACAUUAGUCAACCAAUGCAUCUACACAGUAUGGCCUGCAACACUCUCUAAUGCUGGCACACCGGGACUACCCGGCUCCGCCACCGGAUUCUCCCUCGCCCCUGGAUCAACCAAUAUUAUCUCCGUACCCGGGUCGUGGUCGGGUCGGAUGUGGGCCAGAACACAUUGUAAUGGUGGGUCUACUAGUGGGAACUUCUCUUGUGCGACAGGUGAUUGUGCGACAGGAUCAGUAGUGUGCUCUGGAUCGGGUGCCCGACCACCUGCUACACUUGUUGAGUUUACUUUAAACGGGUCAGAUGGGCUUGACUUCUACGAUGUGAGUCUUGUUGAUGGGUAUAAUCUUCCUCUUAUGGUUCGACCCGUAGGUGGUUCAGGUAAUUGUACGUCUAUCGGUUGUAUGGUGGACUUAAAUGGAUCAUGCCCAACAGAACUUCGGGUUUUAAGUGAAAUUGGCUCAAACAUAAAUGGAGUUGCGUGUAAGAGUGCUUGUGAAGCAUUUGGGGAUCCACAAUAUUGUUGUAGCGGGCCAAAUUCAACACCGGAUACAUGCAAACCGAGCAAAUAUUCAAAGUUCUUCAAGGACGCUUGCCCGACGGCGUAUAGCUACGCGUACGAUGAUGCUACGAGUACUUUUACUUGUGACGGAGCUGAUUAUGUUGUCACGUUUUGUCCUACUACAACUGCCUCCGGUAAAUCAAGCGGAACGGAAUCGCCGGAACCAUCACCAACAGCAAUUCCAUUUCCUCCAUACUAUUUUAUUAACAAGAGCUAUUCUUUGAUCCCAUCAUCAUUAUUUAGAUUAAUAACAGCUUUAAUUUGGCUGUCAUUAUAUCAAAUUUUUGACUAACAAGAUAUCAUAUUUGGGCCUCAUUGCAAUUUAAUAUUCACAUUUGGGCCCAAUAGAUCCUUUC